AUGAAAGAAAAAAUUAAAUUAAGUUUAUUAAUUUUAACCUCAAUUAUUUUGGCUGUAGCCAAUUCUCAAACACAACCAAAAACUUUGGCAAUGACAGCUACUGUUUAUGACCAACAUACAUUUUACAACGACAAUUUUGAGAACCAAGGACCGGCUUAUUUAACGAAAAACAUGGUUGUUAGUAAACUUGAUAAAACUUUAAAGAUUCCACAAUUAGUGAGCUUAGAUAUUAAUGUGGAAGGAAAAACUGGUGUAAAUUAUUUUGGAACAAUGUAUAAUCCAAAACUCUUUAAAUAUUUUUUCUCAGAAAAUACAAAUGCUUCUCCAGAUGAUAAAAACUCUGGUAAAAACUUUCCAUUAUUGAUGGAUUUAAUUCUUACAUUAAAUGAAACAAGUGGAGCUUAUGAAUUCUCUAAACAAGAAUACUUUCCAAUUAAUGGUAAAGGAUUUAAUGAUCCAUCAUACAAAGUACCACCAAAAUAUAAAGCAGAUUCUCCAAAUGUGGAUUGGUUUAAAAUGGCUGGCGGAGGAUAUUCUCAAAACAAUUAUAAUUAUUGUAUUAAGUUAAAUUCCAAAUUCACAUAUUUCAACAAAGGUGAAGUAUUUAAUUUUAGAGGUGAUGAUGAUGUAUGGGUAUUUAUAGAUAAUAGACUUGUUGUUGAUUUAGGUGGUUUACAUACAGCUGAAACCGCAAAUAUUAAAUUGAAGGAUAUUACAAAUCCCCCAUUACAAACUAAUAAAAUCUACGAUUUAGAUUUCUUUUAUUGUGAAAGAAGAGCAACUGGAUCAUCAAUUCAACUAUCCACAACUCUCGAAAUUUUCUGUGUAGAUGAUUAUUGUGGUGUUUGUAAUGGUGAUGGUACAAGUUGUUGUACUUCAUCAACUUGUGAAGAUAAUAAUGCAUGUACAAUUGAUAAGUGUCCAAAACUUGGAUCAGUUGCACCAGGAAAAUUCACAAAGGAUGACUGUGUAUAUUCAGAGGUCGUUUGCCCAAUUGAAUCUAACCAAUGCUUAAGACCAUAUUGUGAUCCAAAAGAAGGUUGUAAAACUUCACCAGUUGAAUGUGUAAAUGGUAAUAUUGAUAAAUGUUUUGAACAAUUCGGUAGUUGUGACUCUUCUCUAGGUUGUCAAUAUAAUUAUAAAUGUAAUGCCUAUGGUAAAUGUAAUUUGGGAUGUAGUGGUGGUCAAUGUAAAGUUAAAACCUCAGAACAAUGUUCAGAAGAAUUUGGAAAUGAUCCAUGUUACACUUACAGUUGUGACGUAGAACUUGGUUGUGUGAGAACUGAAAAAUGUUCACAAGAAGAUGCCAAACUAUGUACCAUCAAUACUUGCUUAAAAAAUGUAACAAGAGAAGAUGAUAGAUGCGAACUUGUAAGUAUUCAAGAAGAAUGUAAUUGUUGCGCAGGUCAUACAGUUGAUCCUUGCCAAUUGCCAGGUUGUGGUGAACCAGGUGAAUGUAAACCAGUUGAUAAAAUCAUUGAUGAUAAUAAUUUAUGUACAAUUGAUAAAUGUGAAAAUGGUACAAUUACACAUACUCCUGUAAAAUGUGGUGGUUGUUCAAUAUGUGAUUCGAAAACAGGUCAAUGUGUUAUAAAUCCACCCAUCUGUGAUGAUGAUAAUGUUUGCACAAUUGAUACAUGUUCACUUGUUGAAAAUCCAAAUGGCUCCAUCGAUGGUGUAUGUUCUAAUAAAAUUUUUGAUUGUGCUUCAAAUGAUACUGAUUUAUGUAAUAUUUGGACAUGUGAUGCAAAUAAUGGUGGUUGUCAAUCGAUAAAAAAGGUUUGUGAUGAUCCUUCUCCAUGUCUUGUAAGUAAAUGCGAACCAUCAACUGGUCAAUGUGUGGACAGUCCAAGAACAUGUGAUCAUGGUGGUGCUUUUUGUUUAAUUUCAGAGUGUGAUGAAAGACUUGGUUGUAUCGUUUACAAUAGACAAUGUGCAUCUGAUAAUAGAAAAUGUCAAGCUGGUGUUUGUGUUAAUGGCACUAGCUCUGAGGAAGGUCAUUGUACAUCUGUAGACUAUGAUCCAUUACCAUUUGGUUGUAAUACGGCUGCUGUUGUUUCAACUGCUGUUAUUGCUGGUGUUACUGUUGCUGCUGUUGUUGGUCUUGGUAUUUUCCUUUAUGGAGGUAAAAAAGGUUAUGAUUAUUAUCAAGAUAAUAAAAGUAAAGGAAUGACUGGUGCAAAUUCAAACCCAUUAUAUAAGGAAUCAGGUAAUGCUGGGCAAAAUCCAUUAUAUAAUGAUAAUAAUUUAUAA